CUCUUCCCCAUGUCGCCCCUCAUUGGCUAGAAACUACUGCUCGUCUCGGUCGUUGUUAGCAGCGACCAGGGCGGGUACAAUCUUGGUCGCUAGGACACGGCUAACUUCCGCUUUCUUCCCCCUCUCCUAGGCUCAAACUAGUCAAAUCUUGUUCAGUCGACCAAUGGCAAAUGGAAAGUGGGAGGGACUUCACUAGUCCGGACCAAAGAAACGCGAGCUUAGACCGGCCUAGCGCGGCCAAUGGCCGUGGAGCAGCCCCUGUAAACUGGCUCGGGCGCCCCCACGCUCGCCUUUCCUUCUCCUCCCAGCCCUGCGCCCUCACGUUUCAGCAUAGCGCUGGCCGCAGUGUGACAGGAACGGGACGGAGCCAAGAUGGCGGCGGCCGACGGCGACGACUCGCUGUACCCCAUCGCGGUGCUCAUAGACGAACUCCGCAAUGAGGACGUUCAGCUGCGCCUCAACAGCAUCAAGAAGCUGUCCACCAUCGCCUUGGCCCUUGGGGUCGAAAGGACCCGAAGUGAGCUUCUGCCUUUCCUUACAGAUACCAUCUAUGAUGAAGAUGAGGUCCUCCUGGCCCUGGCAGAACAGCUGGGAACCUUCACUACCCUGGUGGGAGGCCCAGAGUACGUGCAUUGCCUGCUGCCACCUCUGGAGUCGCUGGCCACAGUGGAGGAGACAGUGGUGCGGGACAAGGCAGUGGAGUCCUUACGGGCCAUCUCACACGAGCACUCGCCCUCUGACCUGGAGGCGCACUUUGUGCCGCUAGUGAAGCGGCUGGCGGGCGGCGACUGGUUCACCUCCCGCACCUCGGCCUGCGGCCUCUUCUCUGUCUGCUACCCCCGAGUGUCCAGUGCUGUCAAGGCGGAACUUCGACAGUACUUCCGGAACCUGUGCUCAGAUGACACCCCCAUGGUGCGGCGGGCCGCAGCCUCCAAGCUGGGGGAGUUUGCCAAGGUGCUGGAGCUGGACAACGUCAAGAGUGAGAUCAUCCCCAUGUUCUCCAACCUGGCCUCUGACGAGCAGGACUCGGUGCGGCUGCUGGCGGUGGAGGCGUGCGUGAACAUCGCCCAGCUUCUGCCCCAGGAGGAUCUGGAGGCCCUGGUGAUGCCCACUCUGCGCCAGGCUGCUGAAGAUAAGUCCUGGCGUGUCCGCUACAUGGUGGCUGACAAGUUCACAGAGCUCCAGAAAGCAGUGGGGCCUGAGAUCACCAAGACAGACCUGGUCCCCGCCUUCCAGAACCUGAUGAAAGACUGUGAGGCCGAGGUGAGGGCCGCAGCCUCCCACAAGGUCAAAGAGUUCUGUGAAAACCUCUCAGCUGACUGUCGGGAGAAUGUGAUUAUGUCCCAGAUCUUGCCCUGCAUCAAGGAGCUGGUGUCCGAUGCCAACCAACAUGUCAAGUCUGCCCUGGCCUCAGUCAUCAUGGGUCUCUCUCCCAUCUUGGGCAAAGACAACACCAUCGAGCACCUCUUGCCCCUCUUCCUGGCUCAGCUGAAGGAUGAGUGCCCUGAGGUACGACUGAACAUCAUCUCCAACCUGGACUGUGUGAACGAGGUGAUUGGCAUCCGGCAGCUGUCCCAGUCCCUGCUCCCUGCCAUUGUGGAGCUGGCUGAGGAUGCCAAGUGGAGGGUGCGGCUGGCCAUCAUUGAGUACAUGCCCCUCCUGGCUGGACAGCUGGGAGUGGAGUUCUUUGAUGAGAAACUUAACUCCUUGUGCAUGGCCUGGCUUGUGGAUCAUGUAUAUGCCAUCCGCGAGGCAGCCACCAGCAACCUGAAGAAGCUAGUGGAAAAGUUUGGGAAGGAGUGGGCCCAUGCCACAAUCAUCCCCAAGGUCUUGGCCAUGUCCGGAGACCCCAACUACCUGCACCGCAUGACUACGCUCUUCUGCAUCAAUGUGCUGUCUGAGGUCUGUGGGCAGGACAUCACCACCAAGCACAUGCUGCCCACAGUUCUGCGCAUGGCUGGGGACCCGGUUGCCAAUGUCCGCUUCAACGUGGCCAAGUCUCUGCAGAAGAUAGGGCCCAUCCUGGACAACAGCACCCUGCAGAGUGAAGUCAAGCCCAUCCUAGAGAAGCUGACCCAGGACCAGGAUGUGGACGUCAAAUACUUUGCCCAGGAGGCUCUGACUGUUCUGUCUCUCGCCUGAUGCUGGAAGAGGAGCAAACACUGGCGUCUGGUGUCCACCCUCCAACCCCCACAAGUCCCUCUUUGGGGAGACACUGGGGGGCCUUUGACUGUCACUCCCUGUGCAUGGUCUGACCCCAGGCCCCUUCCCCCAGCACGGUUCCUCCUCUCCCCAGCCUGGGAAGAUGUCUCACUGUCCACCUCCCAACGGGCUGGGGGAGCACGGGGUUGGACAGGACAGCAACCCUGGGAGGAAGGGGCUACUCCACCCAAGUUGGGGAGAGAUGUGAGCAUCCCAGGUCACUGGAUCCUGCUGCUGUAAUGGGAACCCCUCCCCCAUUUACUUCUCCACCUCCCGUCCUCCCUCUCAUUGGUUUUUUUUUGUGUGUCAACUGUACUGUUUUUAUUUUAUUCCUUUUAUUUUCCCCCUUUUCACAGAUAAAUAAAGGUCUAGAAGUAGUCA